AUGGUGCAUAAAUUUAUAGAAUUUGUCUUACUAAAAGACCACAUUGAAUCUAAAUUCGCCUUGGUUGAGAAACGUGUCAACUAUUUAUUCGAUGUCAGGCUAGAUCUAAGCGGAGAAGAGGACAAUUUGCGAUGUUGGGUGAAACUAGAGGGCAAUGAAAAUGACAUUCAUCGAGCUAAGGUUCGCGAAGGAUGCUGAAUGUUUUCUCCUGGUAGAGAUUUUAGGUAUUUUGAGGUUAUGUGGUUUAACUACAGCUUUCUAAACCCUGUCUCUUUCUUCUUGCAGGAAUAUAUCAUAGGCGUUUGUUCGCCACGCUCACCGGUGUCUUCCCUCGACGACGACAAUAACAACAGCACUCAUUGCUUGGCAAAACAAACUUCAUCUGUGAACCAGAUAAAUAAUAACCAGAGUGAUCGCGACACUUUCAAUCAUCAGCAGAUUUCAAACAGUUCAACUUUUGGCCUAGAAAGACUUAAUCUUGGCAAUUCACGUUUAGAACAUACAACGCGGUGCGAAAAUUUAGAAGCUCAUAGCACGCAAUCUACCAAAAGAUCGGAAUGUGCUUAUACAGCAAACCGCAGCGAAGGCGAUAGAACCGGCGAAAAGGAGCAGCUAGUGCAAGAAAUUAUGGUCGCCCCAAGAGCGAUUGAAGCUGAAAAGAGAGUGAGCGAAGAGACUGAUGAGGCUUUGAGAGAUUUUGCCCUCAAGUUGGGCUACAGUCAGGCUGUUAUUAGCGCUGCACUUAGCAAGCUUGGACCAUCAGCGGAUAAAAAUGCUCUGCUUAACGAACUUUUGAAAGCUGAAUCGUCUCUAAAACAACUGGAGGAAGGUUCUUCAAAUGUAGCCAACGAGAAACCUCAUCCUGCACCCGAAGAUGCGUCUUGUCUUCGUCCGAUCGUGAUCGACGGGAGUAAUGUGGCCAUGAGGUAAAGUAUAAAAACGUUACAUCGGACAAAAAAACGUUCUUAAGCAUUUCCUUUACAUCCCUGUUUAUAGAUGAACUUCUUAUUGUUGAAAACGUCCAAUUUUAUCUCUCGCGAAAUCGCUUCGAGAACAACCAAUCGAGCACUUCAAUCGAACGACAGUUCUGUUUGCACAAAAACACGUACUUUGUGGUGUAUGAAUGGAAUGCUGUGAUUAAUUGAGAGGGAAGAUAUGAAAACACGUCCCUUUCAAAAUACACAGCACUUUGCACAAACGUCGCCUAUGAUGGAAAUUUUACACUGCCGUUUGUUGCUAUUAAUCAAUUAAUCGUCUGAUGUACAAUUAUUUGUGGCGGAAGGAAUACUUUCAAUUGUUACACGUGCUCGCGAGAACACAUCUUUAUGUAAUUCAUUUAAAUUCAUGUAUUUUGCUUUAAACAAAAGACUUUAAAAGAGAUACGUUUCAUAUUUCUAAUAUCCUUCUUAAGAAAACAGCCUGUGAAAACGUUUUUUUCUGUUAACGAAAUUGGACUUUGAAAUAUCAGCGUAUUAACUUAGUCAUACCUGACGUACCCAGAAUAUUCUCUGUGUAGGCUUGUUUGCCGUUGUGUCAAAUUGAAUAUUGUUUGCUCUCUUUCGAAUCAGAGCUUCAUGAUUUGAAAUCAUUAUUUGUCUUCAAAGCAUGAAAUUUCUGGGGUAAGAUAAAAACAACAACAGAAAUCGAACGUACGAAGAAAAGUUGGAUAAAUUCCAAGACAGUAAUCUGUAAAUUGUUUUAAAGUACAACGCAUGACUUCUGUAUGAAAUUUUUUUUUAGUACUGUUACAGCAAAGUACACUUCAGAAAAUUGUCAACUCUCUGUUCAGUGUUGCGCUUUAGAUUGCUUAUUUUUAAUAUUAUUCAACGAAAAUGAUUCCUGGAUUAAGAGCUGACAAAAUGUUUACGUUUUGGAAAGUUUUAACAAAAUUUUGUUAUCAAUAUGAAGUACAUGUCAAAGACUAGUUCAUGCACAUUUAACCACAGACCUACAGCGUCUGUAAUUACAGAAAGGGUUAUUUUCAUAGUUUGUGUGUCACAUAAUGUAUAUCAUGUUUGAAAAAGCGAUGAAAAUGCAAUGAUAAAUUAUUGUUACAUAUGAGAACCAGGAUAAUGGUUGCAUUAUAAGAACUGUAAAAUUUGUAAGGUAGUUUUCAUGUGGUCCCUAGAAUUUCCAAGUUUUUGUUGAACCUGUUGUAUCCGAUAUAAUUUUAUGAAGCGCAGUAUUUGGUGUAGCCAAAUUUUCAGUGCUUGUGGAAUAGAGGCUUAUUGGAUGAGCUGGAAAAGCCAUGGGGAUGUGUUGGUUUUGAAAGUCAUUAUAAUUCAUCAAAUUGUUUUAACUGUUACAAUAAAUUGCAAUUCUGAACAAAUGUGAACAGUACAAAACAGUUUAUAAGUGUAAAAAAUGGAUGUUUUUGUCAAAGUUUUGCCAUCUGUUGGUGAUUUGUAUUGCAUUUCUAAUAGAUGCAACAUAUAGCAUUUUUUUAUAUUGAUCAACACUUUCUCAUGUUAACGUUUUCACUCCUGGAGCAAAUCAGGGACUCUUGUAUGGUGGUUUUAGUCUGUGGAUGAACACCUAUGUUUUCUUUCCCAUGAUAAAUUUUUAUUUCAGUAUUUCGCACAGUAAAAUUUGGAAUUUUUGCCCAGUUUUUCCUGCGGCUACUUCUGGAAGUGAAAGGCCAGGGCGAAUGACUGAAAUUCCUGCUGCCAUGUGGCAUAUUAUGUAGUGAUCAUAUUUCCCCUUCGGUAGAGUUGAGGCAUAAAGGGGUUAUGUCUUGCUAUUCGCUAUCUUUUUAAAUAGCUAAAAACAUGUCUUCACAUUAAUUGAAUUAUAAAAUAACGGUCCAGUUUUGUUCUUUGAGACUAUAUUUAGGUUCUGAAACUGUUUCCUGUUGUCUCUGUUACAAGGGAUGGUACGGAUGGACCUGGAUUAAAAUGUGAAAAAUCUGGCUUAACCUUUUCAAGUUUUAAUGAUAUGCUCGUAAAAUUCACCCCAAAAUUUAUUACGAUCAGUGCUACCUUAUGGAGUUUGUUUCAUAAUUAUGAUCUCAAUAACUUUACAGUCCUGAACAUUUUGUGUGCAUGUCGCGUAGCCCCUUUAAGGCUAAAUAGCAGAAACAGUUUAUGCAUUUGGUUUUAAAGACUAUAAGGUCACAUGUGGGACUGAAAAAAAAAACGUGUUAAAAUGAUUAACUUAAGAAGAGGAAGGAAAUGGAACCACCAAAUAUUUGAAUCCGAUGAUCUUGUUUUUCUGGAUUAACUUCAGAAAAUCGAAAGGGAAAUCAACCACUGGGAAGCAUAGAUCACAUCAUGGCUUUUAUAUAUUUUGGCUAGUGGAUUGAAAUAUAAUAGUGCGACAUCUUAACAAGAAUCGCUGCAAUAAGCUUCUUAUAAAAUACAUGUAAUGUAGUCACUGCUGCUGAAACAAGUGAAGUAGUAUGAAGUGAAGAAAGUUUGUGUUUUUAUGCUCUGUAAAGCUCUUGAAAGCUCUGUGAAGACGUGCUGAAUAUCACGUCUUUUCAAGUGACACAGAAGUUUUAUAUGAACAAGCUAUAGGCAGAUAUCUGGUAGCAAAAUACAUAGGAGUACUAUAAAAUAUUGCAAUUUUCUACACUCUGCACAUCUCAAUGUAUUUUGAGUCAAAAAAUAUUUUUUAGAUUAUUAAUUUAGCAAGGCCAUAUUAUACAGCACAAAUAAAAGGGAAAGACCGCUGAGGGUGGCCAGUAUCGAAUUUCUCACGAAAAUAUCAUUGAGAAGUAAAUAUAUGAUCGUUGCAGUGGUAAUUGCAAUUUAAGAAAUUGCAAAUUAUCACAGAAAAAAAAGUUUUGGAACUUCAAUGAGAUUCGAACCCAGAGGCCAUGGGUUUGAACCCCGUGGAAGUCCUGAAAUUUUUUUUCCAUGUUUAUUUGCAAUUGCUUAAAUUGCAAUUACCACUGAGAGGAUCAUAUCCUCGUUAAAAUUUGUAUUUCCCUAGUUCAUAUUAUCUUCACUCUAAAAUAUCAUUGCUCAUUGAAGCAGAGGUCUUCUAAAUAAAAGAAAUAGUGAAAUUAAGAAUUUCAUGAUUGCUAAACAAAUUCCUCUCAUCCAAACCACAUGUGUUGAGAAUAGUGACAAGAAUAUGUAUGGUGAUCAUAGGUAUAAAAAUGGUUAAUUAAAUAAGUGCAAAAGACAGCAAAUUAUGGUAAAAGAGCAAUUUCUGAUGGACAAUAACCGCAGUUCCUUGUAACUGGAUCAGUCUACAGAGUGAAACUAGAUAAAAUUUGGAACAAGCAAGGUGAAAAUUGUGCUGGCCCGUGGGUGCUCUUAUGUUAUAGAGCAAAUGAACUUCCAGGUGCAAGAGUUGUCCUGAUCUAUCAUAAAGAGCAUUUUCACAGUGUUCUUAUAUAAGUUUUUCUUACAUAUACAUAAAGGAUUAACAGGACACAUCUGUUGAAAAGAAAAUCUAUAUAUUGAUUUCUUUUUCUGUUUUGCAGCCAUGGUACCCAAAGAGUGUUUUCAUGCCGAGGGAUUGGCCUGGCAGUGGACUGGUUUCUUCACAGAAACCACCGCAACAUAAAGGUGUUCGUGCCGAUGUGGCGAGCCAAAUCAUCAAGACCUGAAUCACCUAUUGUUGACCAGGACGUUUUAAAGAGACUUGAGGCAGAUGGCAUCCUUGUUUGGACUCCAAGCCGACAAGUCACUAGUGGGCGCAUUAUUAAAUGCUACGAUGACAGGUAUAUAAUAAAGCACGCCUCAGAAACAGAUGGUGUCAUAGUGUCUAACGAUAACUUCAAAGAUUUGAUGUCUGAAAGCCAUGAGUGGAAAAAGGUGAUUGAGCAGAGACUACUCAUGUAUACCUUUGUAGAUGACAAGUUUAUGCCUCCUGAUGAUCCUCUAGGACGACACGGUCCGACCCUCAGUGAAUUCUUAAAGAAAGGCUGUGGGAAAUUAUGUCCGUAUGAGAGGCACUGCACCUAUGGAAACAGGUGUAAGUUUCUACAUCCCGAGAGAAACCCUCUCAAAGUAGAAGCAGAUUCAUUGUCAACAUGUAAAGAACACCUUCCUCCAGAGGUUCCAUAUGGUCAGGUGAAGAGAAGACCUCUGCCGCCAUGCCCACCAGAACACCAGUACUCUAGGCCCCUCCCUCCUGCCCCCUUGGAAUAUCACAAACCGCUGCCCCUUCCGCCACAAGGGGAAUUCCCACAACAGAUGGCCAGAGUGUUCCCCCCAACAUUACGCACAGGCCAGACAGUUGGCAUUGGUCAGCGACGGUCAGACCCCUUACCCUAUCGUAAGGAGCUGCCUCCUGAUGUACAGAUAAUGCAAGAGAAAUUUGAGAGAACUCUUAGCGAGCCACUCUUUCAAGAUCAGGCUUGUGGUAGAGUACCACCAAAUCAAUUAAUACGAAGAGGAAGUCUGCCUCCGCAAACUUAUCCACCACCAUACUCACCCGGGCCCCCAGAAAUCAUGAUGCAUCGCUCUUUGCCAAGGAUUCCCAAUGACAAUGGCAUGAUCAGUAGAGACUGGAUGUACCCAGGACAGGGUUACCCAUUUACGCCUCAUUUUCCUUCCAACCCCCCAGUCAGCAGCCAGUCGCCAGUGUAUCAAAGCCCUCAAACUACAUCACUACCACCAGCAAAUCCCUGGCCAGGUAUGCCGCCAUUCCAUUACCAGUACGGUCCCGAUAACUUUGCUCCCGGUCCAUUCCAUCAUGUACCUGGUUUUAAUGGACGCACACCAUACCAUGGCCAGGGAAACAGCUAUUUCAGGUCACGAGCCCCUCCCAUUAUUGGUGGUUGGUGCGGCGAUGUGACUGAUAACCCUAAGGAAGGAGGAACCUCGUCAGCCCUUGAAGUCGAGAAACUUCGUAUCGAAGCUUAUGAAAAGCUGUGUGAAGUCUUCCCUGAUGACGUGGAGAAAGUGCUCGAAAUACUCGAUAAAUAUUCUGAAGAAACAGAUGUUCAGAAGUUGACACUGUAUGUGUUAGAUGAGAAAGACAGUGGUGCUUAAACAUUACUAAAUAAAUAUCAUUAUUUGUGCCAGUUUACGUUCCUUGAACAAAGCCAGUUAAUAAGUUAAAUAAUAAUUGCCUUAGAGGAUAAAUAGUUUAUGAAAAUAAUUGCACAGCAUGUCAACAUAGUGCAAAACGGUUUUUACUUAAAGAUUGUGUGCUUUUUUCUAGAGUCAUUAAAAAGAUAUUUGCUAUUGUAAAUACACCAUAUUUUGUAUUACUAAUAUUAUUGUUUUGGAUUUUACUUUCAAAAGGAGGAAAUCACCAGAAACUUAAAAUAAAUUCACCGGACCAGUUUCAUUGCAACAAAGUUAGCAUUAGGCUUCAAUACUUUUAAAAGAAAAAUAGUUUACAUUUCAAUCAUUUUAUAAAUGUAAUUACCCCUUAUUUUUAUUGAGGUGUUUAAUCGAAAUAAGAAGAGUGUAUAUUCGUGCAGGAUGGACGUUGAACUGUUUAAGUUCGUCAAUUGAUGUUGACAUGCUGGUUUUUUUGAUAAGUUUAAUUUUGCUGACUGUACAGUGUUUUUGUUUCUGCAUGGGUAAUAGAGUUACUGUUAGUGUUCCAUGUUGUUGAUUUCUACUGAAAAUCUGUAAUUAUGAUUCACCCUUACUAUACCAAAGGGAAAGGUAUUGUCUAAUUAAGGGAUGUAGAGCAUUUAAUCUCAAUUAACAUUCUGUCGUGCUAAUCUGUGUCAGAAAAAACAAUGUAGUGCUCUUCUCAAUUUUAAGUAGGUAAGAAUUACUUGAAAGUUGUUUGCAAUAAUGGUGUUUGUAAUUUUACAAUAAUUAGGAAGAACUGAAGUGCAUAAUUAUUUAGAACAUAUUAUUUUUGAAUUGGACUGGACUUGAUGCACUUCUUGCUGGUCAAGAUGCAAGCCUUGCUGGACAAGAGGUCGGGCAGAGUAUGUUCUGGUAUUCUUGCAUGUGAUCAUCUAAUUUUCAGUGAUACUAAAUUUGCAUUUUGAAGAAACCAGGCAGAGGAUGUUGAGACACUGUUUCUCUAUUCAAGGGCCUUAUUUCUUCCCUUCGCAUGCCAAAUUAUUGAAUAUGUGGAGUUAUUUACUUUGGACAGACUCACGUCUUCCUUACACUCCAAAGAGCAUUUAUGUUAUUUCUUGGUUCUUAACGUUGGUAUUUACACUGUAUUAUCAGUAAUAAUUAUCAGAUUAGUGGUGGGAGUUAAGACAUUCAUCAACUCACAUGUGUAACUAAGUUGAUGAAACAGCUAAUACUCUUAACAUGCAACCGGCAUGGAAUGAUAAGACUUGUAUGAUAUUCAUUGAGGAGAAUUAAUAUUAUGAACUCAAGAGGUUGUCUGGUACUUUUAUUUACAGUUCCAUUGGUGGUAAAUUAAUCUUACAGUAAAAUGGUGUCGAGUGGUUGUUUAAAAAAUCCUUAAUGUUAAGGCUAAGUUUUUAAAAACAUUUCACUCGGUCUGCUUUUUUAAUUCAUUGGUACUCCACCAAUAUCAUAAUUCUUAAUAUGUUAAAAGUAUUAAUCUUUGUACAGGUUUUUAUCAGCUUUUUCUGAUGUUUUCUAAUUAUUUGCAUUGCAAAGUGAUCUUAUAUCAUUUGUAGGUAUGAUAAAUUGGUAGUUUUCUCCACUGCUUAUUGUUAGAAACCAUGAAAGACUUGUGACAUUACCAAUUGAAAGUGGCAUUUUAUCUUAUUUUUUUGUAAAGAAUUAUAUAUUUUAUGUUAACAAUUUUUGUUUCGGCAACUAUCAAGAUUAUUAUUAAAGGCAGUUCAUCAAAUUUGUUCAGUGUAGGCAUCAUAGAAAUCACAUUGAAUUUGUGCACAUUGUCCUUAAGUGGGAAAGAUAUAUCCAAGUUCAUAAUCUCUUAUCAGUGAGAACUUGUUCAAUUGUUAGCAUUUUCUUGAGAUGGUCUGUUGUAAAAAUUUUUUUGUUUUUAAUUUAAAAAUAAAGCCAUUUUCUACUUUUAGAAAUCGAACAAGUCUAGCGUGACUAUUAACAAUACUUGUGGUGUGAGAGUGCUCUUUGUGAGAGCAUUCACUUGUAAGUUAGUUUACAUUAGAAGAAAACUGAUGUGUAAUUUUGUGCAGUUACUAGGAAAAGUGUGCUGAUAUCAUACAGCAACUUGACGAGUUUCUAAUGAAACUGACAUUAAAGCUGCAAAAAAAAGAAGCUUUGUUUGUUGUCUUCAUUAUUUACAACAUGAGUACUUACAUUGUCAACAUGAGAAAUGACUUUUAGGCAGCUUGAUUAUUUUUUGG